AUGAUCAACAUGAUUACAACCAUACUCUACGCUCUCCUCGCCGUGGUCUCGCUCGCUUAUCUAGCAGAUUACCUGCUCGCCUGGAACGACGACCCAAAGGAACCUCCCCGCCUGCGGGCGAGGAUACCGCUGAUUGGACACCUCAUCGGCAUCAUCGUCAGCGGUCCUUCCUACCACAGCGUCAUCCGCAAUGAUGAAACCACCGAGAUUUACACGCUCGGGAUCCUCAAUUACAAACUCUACACCUCCGUGUCCACCCGGCUGCUGCCGUUGAUCCAACGCCAGAGCAGGGCCCUUUCGUUCCGGCCAAUGAUCCAGACGGUGGCUAGAAAAUGGGGUGACGCAAAUGAUGAGACUGACAGGUUGUUUCGUGAGACUGAUCUCAUUACUGAGUUUAGCCAUGUCAUGAAGACGAGUCUGGCUCCCGGGCCGCAGCUGGAUGAGAUGAAUAUGAGGAUGGCACAACGGGCACUGGUUGAUUUGGAUCUCUUGCUUGGGGAUGGGAAAGAUAAAAAAAUCAAACUGCUCGAGUGGGCGAGGUUUGCUAUCACGCAGGCGAGUAGCUGUGGUGUUUAUGGGAAUCAACACCCGUUUCUCGAUGACAAGGUUUAUGAAGCUUUUUGGGCCUGGCACGCCCACCUAUCAGCCCACAUCUCAGGAAUCAAUUUUGACAUCCUCUCCCACGGCUACCAUGCCCGAGCCGUCGUCUUUGCCGCCCACGCAAAAUACUGCACCUCCAUCCCCCCGGACACCUCCUCCCUCUUCCUCUCCCGCUGGCAGUGCCUCCUCUCCUCUGGCCUUUCCGUGUCAGAAGCCUCCAAACAACAAGCCACACUCCCAAUAGGAAUGCUCUCCAACACAGUCCCGACCUUUUUCUGGACCAUCUACGAGAUUUUUUCCCGGCCUGCUCUUUUGUCCUCGAUCCGCUCCGAAAUCCUCACUUUUGCCAUCACCACCUCCGGCCCUCGUCACAUCCUCAACCUGACCAACCUCAAAACCUCGUGCCCGCUCCUCCUCUCCACCUUUCAAGAAACCCAACGGACAAGACACAUCCACGCCGCCAUCCGGAAAGUCACAACCAACACUCUUUUGGACAGCGGCAAGGUUUUGCUGAAGGAAGGGAACUACCUCCAGAUGCCAGGCCACGCAAUCCACUACUCCCAAUCCACCUACGGCCCGACCGCUCGAGAUUUCGUUCCUGAGCGGUUCAUGGAUCCAAAUCUCAAAAGGGGCGGUGCGGAUUUUCUUGCUUGGGGCGCCCCGCCGCAUCUCUGUCCUGCGAGGCAGUUCGCCGCGACGGAGAUAUUGAUUUUGGUGGCUAUGCUGGUUGUCAGGACUGAUAUCCACCCUGCUGAGGGGACAGAGUGGGAGGAGAAGCCGGAGUUGGAGUUUGCUGAUCCGGUUACUGUUUUAAAUCCCAAGCGGGAUGUGGAGGUCGUGGUUAGGGUUAGGGGAGAGAAGGAAGGGAGGUGGGAGGUUGAGAUGGGGGAUGGUAGUAGGGCGAGUAGGGUGCCGCUGGCGUCUGGUUGA